AUGGUUCAUAUCAGAUCUGUUGGAGCUUCAACAAAUGAAUCACCACAAAUAGGUUUUGUCUCUUCUACCAAUCUAGUUGCCGAUCAUCUCAAAUCACCUGAUGAUCUUGCAAAGAUACCAGCUUUACGAAAGAAACUUCUUAAAGAACAAAGCUCUCUCUCGGCAAAAUUGAAAAGCGGGGCAAAAGAACAAUUAGAAGCCACGCGAGAUGGAUUGAUCAAAUUACAAGCUACACGGAAAGAUGUGACUUCCAUUCGUGAUUCGUUCACCGAGAUUGAGGGCAUAUGCGGUGAAAGUAUGGGCACACAUGAUGGCAUGACCUCAACAUCGCGCAAUACCAAUGCAUCAAGAAGCUUCCGUGUGAUCAGUGAAGUUUCACAAAUCCAUCGUAAUUUUGUCGAAACAGCUUCCAUACUGGAAAAGCUAGAAAAGCUUCCUUCUCAGAUUGAAACUUUGGCGAUACGAUUGCAUAAAGCGCAAGAGGAUCUACUCAAUCCAUCCAAUGAUAUUCUUGUGCUGCACUUUCACAUCUCCAAAUUGGAAUUGUUCCGCAAUGAGACAGUUCAGAUCGGUCGCCGAUGCUCCUCUGAAGUUCGACAAACACUCAAUGAAUAUUUCUCACCAUUGGAUGGUCUGAUAAAGCGCUUUGAAGCAUAUCUGAUGGAAAUUUGCAGUCAAAUGAUGGAGCUAUUGCGUAAUGGACAUCUGACGAUUGUGAUUCUGGUCUUAAAGAUCAUAGAGAAGGAAAGUCGGGAAGAUGAAAAAGCAGCAGCUAUCAGACUUGCAAAAAAAGCAAAUUUGGAAGGAGCGGCUCGAUUCCGAUCCGUCAUUGCUAAUGCGCGAGUUAUCAAAUUGUAUCGACCGAAGCUAAUGGAGAGACUGGACGAAGCCAAUCGAGAGCUCUUUGACGAGUGCUGGUCCCGAUUUGGCGCUCCGAAAGAUGAAGGCGAACGUGCAGAUUAUUCUGAUUUCCUUGGCCAUCUAGACUGGAUAUACCAGGAUCUGGAUUUCGUGAAGGAAGAGAUGGAAAAAGUCUUUCCGAGUGAUUAUAACAUCUUCCGAUUUUACGUUAAAUCGUAUCACAAGCAUCUAGGUGAAAUUCUUCGCAAUAGAAUCUUAGCAACUGAUCCCGAAGCGAGUAUUUUGUUGGUUCUGUAUCAAUUCGGUCAAGAGUACAAGAAGACAAUGACCAAAGAACUUGAUGUUGACUCGAAGUGGCUUGAACCUAGCUUGUUGGGCGGAAAGGAACAGACGAUAAUCGAUGAUUAUCUCGGCUUAAUUACCCGAAAGAUUGACGAAUGGACUGCCAACUUAAUGUCGGAUGAAGUGCGCGAUUUCGUUGCAAGAGAACGUGCUCCCGACGAAAGCUCUGAAGGAUUAUACGGACUGCAAUAUGCUGCGAUUUUAUUCCAAAUGAUUAAUCAACAAGUGGAUGUUGCAGCAGAUUCUGGUCAAGCAAGCAUUCUUUCCCGAGCCGUUUCGCAUGCUUGUCAAGCGAUGCGUGCAAGUCAGGCGACUUGGUUGCGUGUAUUGGAACAAGAAUUCAAGAAGCAAAGAGAAGCUAAAGGACCGGAAGAGGUAACAGAAGGAUUGGUAGAAUAUGUGAUCGCUCUGGCAAACGAUCAAUUAAGGAGUGCAGAUUAUGGCGAGGCACUCAUGACGCGGGUAGAGGGAAUGGUCUCAGAAAAGUACAAACCACAGAUUCGUGAAGCGAUCGACAAUGUGAUUAACGGAUAUCUGGACGUCAGCAAGCGUUGUACCCAAGUCUUGGUCGAUCUCGUCUUUGCGGAUCUGAGACCGGUCUUGAAGGAUCUAUUUUCUUACCCGCAAUGGUAUACGGAAGGCAUCAUGACAACCAUUAUCGAAACGAUUCGGGAUUAUACUUCUGAUUACAGUGAAAGAGUCAAUCCGGACUUAUUUGAUGUGUUGUGCAAUGAUCUGAUGGAUCGAUUCAUGACGUCAUACCUAGGCUCUCUCCGGCGAACCAGCAAAUUACGGAUGCCUUCGGCGGGUGAACGAAUGCGAUCAGACAUUGAGGAAUGUCGAUCGAUGUUUGCUUCUUUCAAAUCUACCGAAGAUGUUGCUUCGCGCUUUGAAGUCUUGGAUAUGGUUCUUUCGAUGAUCACUUCAUCAUCGACGAUGGUAUUUUUAUCUUAUUGGACGUUUGCAAAAGCACAUGGCUCACAGUUAGCUUUUCUCGAAGCUUUAAUGCGAGCACGGGAUGAUAUAGACAAGAGUGACGUGACCGCAAUCAUGGAAAGUGCACGAAGAAAAGUCAAGCAAGAGAAUUUGAGCGAGAUACCUGAAGGAGGGAUCACGAUUGUUGGACGGGUGGAAGCUGCUCAUGCUGGCGAAGCGGGCCUUUUCGGAGGAAGAUUGAAUCUGCCUGGCGCAACCAAAGCACUCACUGGAGCAUUGGCAGCCAGUGCACGAUUGAUGGGUGCCGGAUGGCGACAAGCAAACAUUCCACCAGUGAGCUCAACUUGA